UUUUUGUCAAACAUAUAUAUAGUGAUCGCAUGUAAUUUAUUUAUACCAUUUAAUUUAAGAAUUGCUUUAGCUCAAACUUUGAUAACUAAUGAAUCACAAGCUAAAACAACCUCACACACUUCUCAUUAACUUUUUGUUAAGGGCAAUCAUUAUCUACUACUUCAUUUAUUAGUGUUUGCUUUAAAUUUGGAUUUAUUUGUAGUUUACUCUUAGCUGAUCUGUCAACUGAGAGAAUCUUUGCCCUUCACAACUCACAUAAUAUUAUUUAUAGUUAAUGUCCAUUCAAAUCUCUCUUUAUAUUUUUUUGCUAACUCAUCAAGCUCUCUCUGUUUGCUUUAAAUGAGUAUCAUAGUUAUAUGUAUGUAAAAUGGUUGAUGUCAUUGAUUAGAGCUUGCUUCCAAAGCAAAAUAAAUGGGGAGAAAACCUUGUUGUGACAAGAUUGGAUUGAGAAGAGGUCCAUGGAGUAUAGAAGAAGAUCAUAGACUCAUGAACUUUAUUCUUCACAAUGGCAUCCACUGCUGGAGAAUCGUCCCCAAACUUGCAGGUUUGUUGAGAUGUGGGAAGAGCUGUAGAUUGAGAUGGAUUAAUUAUUUGAGACCUGAUCUCAAGAGAGGUGGUUUUACUGAUGCUGAAGAAGAUCGGAUUAUGGAACUUCACUCUCAGCUUGGCAAUCGGUGGUCUAAAAUUGCUUCUCAUUUCUCUGGUCGAACGGAUAAUGAGAUAAAAAACCAUUGGAAUACGAAGAUCAAGAAGAAGAUGAAACAUCUUGGUUUAAAUCCGGCUACGCAUGAACCAAUGAAUAAUAUUACCAACCAACCCCAAUCGAUGCAGAUAACAAAACCAAACAUGUGUUCUACCAUCAAAGAAAGAGAAGAAACAAAGGGUCAACCAAAAGAUGAAUUUAUAAUAGAAACAAAGAAGACAUCAAUAAUAUCCAAUAAUGAUGAACUACUUCUGGCUAAGAACUGCAAAACGCUAUAUGCAGAAGAAGUAGACAUCAGACCUCUAUUCAAAAUGCAAGGCAACGAGACAUCUGUCUCGUCUUUACCUUCUUUAUAUAGUAAUAUUUCAAGAAGUGAAUAUUCAUCCUAUCUUGCAGAGGAUUCCAUAUCUUUAGAGCAAUGGGGUUUGACCGAUAUGACGGAUCCUUUGGUACCAUGGGACCUCCUCACCAAUCUUGAUGAUACUCCUUUCCUUUUAUAAAAAAAUAUAUUGUAAUAUAUCUACAAAUAUAUAAUAAUCAUAUGUAAUUAGUAGUUUAAAUUCAUGUAUGUAAGAUAUGGAUUAUCCAUGGCGGGCGAUGAUAUAUUUGCUCAUACAAGUUGUAUACAUAUAUAAAAAGUAUACAUAAAUACUAAUUUAUCCGAAAUCAGAUAUAUAUGACAAUGAAGAGCUGCUAAAAUACCAUACAAUUGAAACAUAGCUUGCAACUAUACAACUGUUUUAUCGUCACUUUUUACAAAAACUAUUGUUUUCUAGUCACUUUUCAAAAACCACCGGUUAGAACAUUUUUUUUUUUUUUGAAACAACCACCGGUUAGAACUUAGUUUUCACAAUUACUUGAUAUCACUUAUAUACUAAAUCACAAGUCACAUAACCAAUUAAAUGUUGCCACAUAAUUCAUGUUUACAAAAUUAAAAACACCACAUAAUUCAUGUUUACAAAAUUAAAAACAAUUUAAACAAAACAAUGUUAAAAAAAAUAAUUGUAGGCACCGGCUUCUUAAAACAAUCCACUAUAGGACAACUACCCACGAUCAUCUUUCUUCCACAACUUUUUAUUUUUCUCGAUUCCUAUAAAUCUCUAAAAUUUAACAAUUAAAAGACGUUUAAAUAGAAUGUUUGAGUAUUAUUGAAGUCUUAUCAAAUGUUUGAAAUCUCUAGAAUGGAAGCGUGAAGUUUGUUGAAAAAGGUUUGUUCGAGACCAUGAUCAAAAUAGGUUAGUGUUUGAUAUGAAACAACAAUGUUAAAUUGUAAUUUUUUGCUCCGUUCAGAAUGAUAUUGUGUUACAGGAGCAUAAGGUAUUAAGUAUUAGAGCGAAGCAGGAAAUAAAUUAUUGCUGCGAUCAGGAAGAGCUCUUGAUGAUAUAUAUAUAUAUAUAUAUAUAUAUAUAUAUAUAUAUAUAUAUAUAUAUAUAUACCAACUGCCUUGCUCAUU